AUGACUUUUCAUCCUGACGAUAUCAGUGAUUCCAGCCUAACAGAUAUCAGUAGUUCUUCCAGUGAGAGUGAACCGGAGGAUAAAGGGUCUUUCACUAAUGAUCUAUUCCUCAUUUCCAGCGCUCGCAAGGCGAAGAAAAAACGUAGACGCAAUAAAAACUGGAGUGAGAAGAGAAAUGCGAAGUGUAAACAAGCUACAGCAAUGUUUCUUACCAACUUGCCACCAAAUUGCGGCUCUGUUAUUUCGGAUGUGAAGGUCGUAGCAAAGCGUGAUCUGUUCCCCGACAUCACUGCUGAAACCAAACAAGCAAAGAUCGAAAGGAAAUUGGCAAGGAAACGCUUCAAAAAGGCUGGCGGACCACUACCUCCCAAAAAGAAAAUAUCUGAUUGGUUGCCUACUCCAGAGGAAAUUGCGACUGCCAGUUCGAUCGUCGAGGACCCUACAAAGUUUCGCCUCUACGACCAUGGACAUGUUUGCAUCUUUGAUAAACAACUGACAACAGAAAAAGAAAAACAAAUCAUGGCCGAUAUCACUUUCACAGAUCUCAAAACAAUUUCCAAUCAAAAGAGGGACGACUUGAAUUUCUUGGUUGCUUUUUUGGAAAAAUCGAAAAAAUUCGUUAAUUCCAUCGGGUCCAAGUCACGAUCCUGCGGUGGAUAUAUGUGGGCGAUUGGAUGGAGAAAAUCUAUGACCAAAUUCGAGAUUAUCGGACGCUAUGUAAAUAAAGCAGCCAUCAAGAAGAACCAAGAAGAAUUCAAUCAACAUGUGAAAGAUUCUGAUCGAGCAUCCUCAAUCUUGUGGGACCUGUUUUAUCCGAUCGGUAACCGCGCCCUUGAAGCCAACCAACAAUUUAUGGCGGAACAUAAUCUCCCGUCCCUCUCUGACCCAGAACUUCCCAGUGAGACCUCAAAAGGUCACGAUAAAUUUUUCUCGACCAACCUCACUUUUACUUCUGAUGGAUUCUUUAAUCAUCCCCACAAGGACAAAAAAGACGAUAAACGCCUUCCCUUUGCUUUCUUCUUGAGCCUUCCAACUUUCAAAUCAAAAGGUCGGCUAGCUUUUGAAUCUGAUGGAUAUGACGUUACUGGCGGGCAGUUUGUUUUUCCGGAAUGUGGCUUUGGGAUUGAUUUUAAACCUGACACAAUGGUUCAAAUGAUAUUUGCUCAAAGACUAUACACACACGGAACGCUGAAGCCAACUGAAAAUGGAAAAUUUACUAAACUAGGGAUGUCUUUACAAAUUUCAGAGAAAACAACUAAUAUGUUAGAUAGAAUCUUAGCUGAGGAGUUUGUCACUAAACCAGAAAUGCAUGUGGGGGAUGUUCCCCACAUUAUGAAUCAGGUCCAAAAAUGA